AUGCAAUUCUCCAAGUACUUAUUCGCUUCCGCUUUAGUUGCUACCGCUUCUGCUGCUUUCGCCAACGUUACCACCAUUACUAAGGAUAUCACUAUUACCGCCUACACCACUUACUGUCCAUACCCAACCACCGUCACUCUUACUAUCUGUGACGAGUACGACGUUUGUGCACCACAGACCAUUGCCGUUGCCGAACCUACCACCUUAACUGUUUACGAAAAGUGUGUCGUUCCAACUUCAUACACCACUGUCGACUAUACUGUUACUGAAGUUAUUCCUUGUCAAGAAUGUGCUGGUGUACCAACUCGUGAAGUUGCACCACCUGUUGCGGAAGAAGUUGCACCACCUGUUGCAGAAGAAGUCGUUCCUCCAUAUGCUAACACUACAUCUACUUAUGCUCCAAUUGCUCCAGAAGAACCUUACAGUGCUUAUGAAGGUGCCGGUGCUAAAUCAUUUGUUGGUGCUGCUGCUGGUUUAGCUGCCAUCAUUGCUGCCUUAAUGUAA